AAGUUAUGAACUCCGCACAUUACGCACACUUUUUGGAUGAUAGCUUCGAUUCUUGCAAUGCACGGACUGAAGAGGAGAAAAAAGACAAGCCUUUGACAAAGCGAGUGGACGAUAACAGUGGUCACCUUCAAUUCUGGUCGGAAGCAAUUAAAAAAAUACGAAACAUGCGCUACGUAUCCAUGGGUACCUUUGAACCAUUUCCAAAUCCGCCAUCGUUAAACAACUGGAUAUAUAAUCUUCAUUAGAUGAAGGACUUAUGGAACAGUGUAAAAACUAAAGGUUUUCCUUAUUUAAAACCCGGUUACGUACAUCAAGAUCCAGCAGAAAAUUUUUUUGAAUCCAUGCGAAGCCAUGGGCAACGGUACACCACUCCAACCAGCAUGCAAGCUGAGGGAUUAUUUAAAUCUCUGAUGGUCAACAAUUUAGCAUCCUCAUAUUCCAAUAGAUCCAACUGCCGAGAUGAUAACGGAAUGACGUUGAUCUCAUUAAAGGUGUUAAACUCUGCUGUUAAUAAAGGCACGGAGAAAUCCGGCACGAGAUUACACAAAUUUAAUGAGCCAGAUCAUCCUGUCCAAACUCAGCAACAAAGUAAAUCAUCUUUGGGAUUCAUAAGCAGAAUUCAAUCAGCUGGUCGUUUUGCGAGGACAAUCCACUCGCAGAUGCCAGUAAUAAAAAAAUGCGUUGAAUGCAAGAAUAAUUUCUUCUGCGAUGAUCCACGACAAAAUGAAUAUGUUUCCCUGCUAAAAAGCCACAAAUGUGAUGCGAUAAAAAUUGCAGCCGCGGAUCCCUUUGAGCGUGGAUUUAUUCAAGGAGUAAAUUCAGUAAACAGACAAUUAUCACGAUCAAGUUGGCGUCCUUAUCUGCGAUAUCGAUUCGUCCGAUUCCUCAGAGAGCACGGAAAACUUGAUUUGGAAUGGGUGAAAUGCAAUGAGCACCGCCACCCUAAAAAAGUAUCUGGGUACUAAAGAAAGAAAGGCCGGCGUGCGGAAGCAGAAACAAAAUAAAGAAUCCUCGAUGAGGACAUGAUUCUUUAAACUACUUU